CAGAGGAGAUAUCAGAAAUAACUAAUGCUAUUAUCCUCGAUCAUGAGACUGCUGAAUUAUUAGAAAAUAAGCCAAGAAAGACUUUAAAAGAAAUGCGCUCUUUAGACCGGCACCAUAUUGUGGAAUGCUAUCAGAUUUCACCCGAAUUACUAACUGAAGAUUUCAUUUCGGAGUAUGGGAAUUAUAAUCAUAUGAAAUGGUUCAGAGCUUAUAAACAA